GUGAGCGUUACAUUCAACGCGUUUCCAUAUAUAUAGAAGGAAAAAUCACAAAAUUGUUUAAUCGCUGUUCAAACUAAAAAAGAAAAAGAAAAUAGGGCAUUAUUUAUUCCGGGGCCUGAAAGUAUGCUAACGUUAUAUUUACCAUUUCCGUGGAAAAUGUGUUGACGAACCGUGUGUGUGUGUUUGUGUGUGUUGUGACUGUGUUUAACCUAGAUGCAAGAAGCGAUUAUGAAAUAAGAAAACCAUUUGGAAUUUUAUUUAUGCUUUUACAAGCGGCUAAAAGAGAGCUUUUGAGGAGGGCUAUGUAUUUCGUUCUUCCUUUGUCUGUGCGUAGACAUAGUAGUUUUUUUUUUGGGAACGGCCGGGGGUGGUUUCCACCCUUUCCCAGCAACUACAAUAGCAUCUUUUUAGCCGGCAAUCUCUUGACAUUUAUGUAUAUUUACCCUUACUGAUUGUUGAGUUUUUCUUCAGCAUUCUUGUUUUUUGUAGCCUACUUCUUUGGGUCAGUUGAUAAAAUGAUUAAAACUAGACUUUCCCAGUAGGCAAAAGAACGAUGGUAACACGAAACUAUAGCAAAAUGUUUGUAAACGCAUUUUAACUUAUUUCUAAGCCGGGGGCUAGAAAAACAAUUAAAAUAAAGUUUUUAAAAUCGUCAAACCAAAACUGUAAAUCGUAUAAAACAACUAAAAUUAAAAAUAGAGCAAACAGAAUCUGAUAAAGCAUGAGUCAAAGUUUUGAAAAUUUAAUGCACGGCGAAGAAGAAGGUGGCAGAGAUGGUGCUCCUUACUCGGAACGCCAAUCGUCCGACGAUAUACAGGAGUCAACUGCAACAAUAACAACGACAACAGAGACUACAAAUGCCGGCGACGGUGGCGGUGGCGGUGGCGACGAGGAUGAUUUCACCGAUGACAACAAUUUUGAAUCGAAUUUGCGACGUCGCAAAGGCAAAAUAAUAUCCUGUGCCAAGGAAACCAUCGAGAACGCUUCCCGCCAAUUACGCCGCAAAGUGCCCUAUGCCGGUCAUUUGAUGACGCCGCGACGCCUCUGGCUUAAUAAAAUUCCCACACAAUGUGACGUGGUUAUUGAAUUUCCCGAGGAUGCACCCAACGAGGCACUACGCUGGCUGCUGGCACGCAUACGCUCCCAACCACCGGCUGGUCUGGGUCUUUUGGUCCAGGUCAAGGCACACGAGAGCACGCGGAGGAAUGCUUUCUAUGUCAGUGCUCCCGUGAAUGUACUAUUUAGAGCCGCCGAAGAAGCCCGCCUGCCCAAGCGUCUGCGUCCCGAUCUAGGCGGCGCCCUCAGAGAGUUCACCACCCGUGAGAGUCAUUGCUUCCAGCAGCUGCGUGGCGAUGUGGGAAGUACCGUGCUGUUCACCUCUCAGGAGCGCCAGUGGCUAGUGCUGCAGGUCUUGCAAGGUCUGCGUGCUGGCUGCAGUGACAUCGAUGCCCUGCAUGGGCGGGCGGCCGUCGCCGAAGGACAGAGUAUAAUGGCUGCUUGGCAGGAUUCGGGCCUGAUAAUGCAGGUUUUCCCUCUCCACGAGCCCAGUUCGUUGACACAACUUCAGACGCAUUGGGUUAAGCAGAUAUUCGCCCCGCAACCAUUGGAUGACAUUGCUGCCUAUUUUGGCGUUAAGGUGGCCUUAUAUUUUGCCUGGUUGGGACAUUACACCUGCGCUCUGGGCGUUCCAGCUGUUUUUGGCACUAUUCUUUACUGCAUUUUGUGGGGCAAGGGUCAAACGGCUCAGGAUAUGGGCCAUGUACUCUUCUCUCUGUUCAAUGUGGCAUGGGCUUCACUGUAUCUAGAAGCCUGGAAAAGAUAUUCCGUGGAGUUGGCUUUUCGUUGGGGCACUUUAUCAACGCCCCCGGAGCUGCUGGAACCGCCGCGGCCCCUGUAUAAGGGUCCUUUGGUGGAGAACAAUGUUACGGGUCGCCUGGAACCCAAGGAGGCGCCUGCGUGGCAGCGUCGAGCCUUUCGCUACCUUGUUAGCUUUCCCAUCAUAGGAUGCUGUCUGUGUUUGGUUUUUGCUGUGAUGUUUCUCAUGUUGCGAUUCCAGGACUGGUGGGACUCCAAGCUGCCCGAGGAUAGUGUCUUAUGCUGUCUGAGUGUCAUACCCAAGGUUUUGCUGGCAGGAGCCAUUACCCUGAUGGACGAGGCCUACUUUAAGUUGGCCGUUUGGCUCAAUGACAAAGAAAACUAUCGCCUGCAGUCGAAAUAUGAAAAUCAUUUGAUAGCUAAAGUGGCACUUUUCCAGUUCGUCAACUCGUUUUUGUCUCUUUUUUAUAUAGCCUUUUACUUGCGCGACGAGGACAAGCUCAAAGAGCAAUUGGCUGGCCUGCUCAUUUCCCGCCAAAUCAUAGGAAAUCUACGCGAGUCGGCCAUUCCCUAUUUCGUGGAACAGUGGAAGCUGGCCAAACUGAGCUUCAAUAUGUGGGGUGCCCUGAGUCCUACCCAGAAUGUUACUCGCAGCCUGGCGGAAGAGCUGGCCACGGCUGAGGCUGAGCUCAAGGCAGAGGCCAGUGAAACGCCCACAAAGACGCAUCAGCCGGAGUCUACCAGUAACCGUAAUAUUGGCCAGGCUGAAAUCGAAAGCUCGUUGUACAAGUAUGAUGGCACCUUUUCGGACCAUUUGGAGAUGCUGGUGCAGAUGGGCUAUGUGGUGCUCUUUUCGGCCGCCUUUCCUUUGGCUGGAGUUUGUGCUUUGGUCAACAACCUGAUGGAGAUUCGAUCGGAUGCCUUUAAGCUGGCCCACGUACACCAGCGGCCAUUUGGGCAACGAGUGGCCAACAUUGGAACCUGGCAGAACGCUCUUAGCAUCCUGUCGCUUGCCGCUGUCAUUGUGAACUGCGCCCUAAUUGGGCUCUCUGGUCAGGUGUCCAGGCUGUGGCCGGGUUUGACGACAGCGCAGACAAUCAUUCUAAUUGUCACCCUGGAGCAUAUUAUGUUGGGUCUGCGUCAGGCUCUCACCUGGCUCCUGCCAGAGUUGCCUUCCUGGCUGGCAGCGGAAAUCGCCCGCGCCGAGCACUGCCGCCGGGAAAUGCAGUGCAAGGGCACCUCACCGCGACCCACGCCACCCACCCCGCAGUCUACCACAUCGACGCAGGAACAGGAGUGUGGAGUGCCAGCGGAGAGUGGCGCAAAUAGUACCCGGGAUCAGUCCAUGGAAAGUCAGGUGGCUGAGGAUAUGCUGCUCUACGGACAAGAGUUCGGUGGCUAUGGAAGGAACAUCGAGGCAGAUGUCAAUAUUUAUGAGAAUCGCGAUUCAUCACCUGAUUCGCCGCCCUCGCAGACUAGCACUAUACUUAUUAGGCCACUGCAUGAGUCAACGCCACCGCAAGGCGGUGCCUCGCUCACCAGCUUACAUCAGGAUGGUAAUGGCGGUGCUUCCGCCAGCACGCUAGCGCUGAACUCUGCCUCAUAUGCUGCCCGGCUGCAGUCGAUGCAUAUUCAAGAAAUCCCACCAUUCCGAAAGAAAUCCAGCGAUUCCGCUGAUCAUACUGGCAGCAGCACCAGCAGCAGUCCCCAGCGCACAACGAUGCGUCAACUAUCGGCGCAACGGGAGCCCCAGCAGACGAUCCCUGAGAUACCACCGUACAAGACGCGCAAGAUAUCUGCGGAGAGUGCUAUGCAUCUGAAUACGAGCGACAAGCUACACAUAAAGCUUCACGCACCCGAAUGGAUGUCUCGUUUAAAAGUCAACGACAAUGCCAAUCUGCAUAGAAGCAUAGAUUGCAUUGCAAAGGAGCUCGGCAACACCUCAGGCCCCGCCGAUAUUUUAAAGCCAGCUCCAUCAUGGUGCAAUGUGGCCAUGAAAUCGGGCACAACUGGAAUACCACAAGCGCAGCAGCAAAUAGUAGCUUCCUCUUCAUCAUCAUCGGGCGGCGGUGGCAGUGUCUUCAGUCCCAGUGGAGCUACUGGCGGGGGCAUUCCCAGUUCCCAGUCGAGACCCAGUGUCGGUGCCCUGUCCAAUUCCUCAUCCAGUUCAUCUCAAAAGCAGCAGCAAAAGCAGCUUGCCAAGGAGGAGAAAGAGCGUGAAAAGGAAAGGGAGAAGGAAAGAGCCAAGGAAAAGGAAAAAGAAAAAGAAAAAGAAAAAGAAAAAGAAAAAGAAAAGGAAAAGGAAAAGGAGAAGGAGGCACAGGCGGCAGCCACAGCAUCCACAUCAGCGGGAAAUACAGAUGAUGAAGCAAAGGCCGCUGAAUUGGCUGCCAAAAAAUCAAGGCUUAAGCAGAAGCUGGUAAAGAGUGCUCGAUCUGUGGCCAUAUUCUCACUCAAAUUGAAGGAACGAAGACAGCGAGAGGCUGAGAAGGCAGCCACCAUAGCCGUAGAGCAUGCCAAGGCUCUGGCCAAGCUGCCCAUGCCUCAGCCAGUGGGCGGUGAAUUGUCCCUGAUACCCAUCGAGCAACUAAUACAAAUUGAGGACAUUAAGCCUGUACUUAAACCCACAACGACAUCCGGAACGACAGGACCGACAUCUUCAAGUCAAGCCGGAUCUUCUAUGUACCACCCCCAGCAUCAAUAUCCGCCACAGCAGCAGCAGCAGCAGCAGUAUCAGUAUCCGCCUUCACAUGCACAUCCGAACACGGAUAAUUAAGCUUAUAGCACACAACGAUAUCGCACACUUUGUAAAUAGUUUUCGAUACACUCCCCCCCCCACCUCACCCCAUUUUGAAGUUACUGAUGAUCAUAGGUAUAUGAGCAAAUUUGCUGAAUGUGUGUCUUGUCCAGAGUUGGAAGCAACUAAUUUAUAACAUUUUAGAAUAGAAGUAGGCGAAUUAAGUUACUCAAUUGACAAGUGUUGAAUGUGUUUUGUAAAAUAAUUAUGUUCCAAUUUGAGCCAGUUUUGUGUGGAUAAAGUUUAAAA